ACGAGAAAGAGAUCCGCUGUUUCACAUCACGACAGUUUGGACUUUACAUAUAGGGAAGUGUUAUAGAACAUAGCACUGUAAAUAAUUUGUAGUUCGUUUUCUUCGUAUGGAAGUCUGUGUGCUCACUGUACAAGUACAGUGCUGCAGAACGGCUGGUUUUCAUGGAAGCGAAUCGUGAUUUAAUGGAGUUCACUGUCAAGAAACCUACUGUAAAGUGUGACCUUGGAAGAUCAGGCAGAUAGUGAAAAAGGCUAUCUGUUCAAGAAGAGUCAAUGGAGGCAUUUACAAAGGUUGAAUGCUUGCUGCAGGAGGAGACCAUCAAGAAAACAGAGGAAGUAUUGGAAGCUGUUAAGAGAGAGAAUGAUAACCCAGGUACAGAAGCCAGUACCACAACAAACAAGCUAAAGUUUUCUGAAGAAUAUACCAAUGACGAGCAAAGUGAGACUCCGAGGAAGAAAGCCAAAAAGCAUAAAAAACAUAAGCGUAAAAAGAAAAGCAAGAAAAAAAAGACCAAAAAAACGAAGAAUCUGCCUCCUUUACGAUCUAGGGCAGAUUCAAGUUCUACAUCAGUACGGUAUUCAGAUUCAGAAACUAGCUCUUGCCUCCCAUCCCCUUCUAAUACAGAUUUAAAAGAUACUAAAAGUUUAAAAUCCUUCAUGUUAGUUGAAGAUCAAAAUCAUGUGAAAGCAUUAGACAGUGGCAAAGGGAUAUUGCAGGAAGAGAGGUGCUCUUCUUUGCAAGACUGCUCUGCUGAAGCUGUGGAUCAGGUGACCUGUAGUAUAACUAUUAAAAAAGAAAAGUCUUUCAGCGAAGUUGCUUGUAGUCUUCAAGAGAGGAGAGUCAGUAGUACCUUGGUGUUUGACAGCACCAUGUCUGCAGUUCAUAUUAAGGAAGAAGAUAUAGAUGUAUUAGGAAACUCUAAGCAAAAGAAAGGUAAACUGCAUAUUAAAAACACUUCCAUCAUGUUAGAAAAAACUGACAGUAAGGAUGAAAGAAAGCUGAAGAAACAUAAAAAACGUAAGACUAAGUCUAACAGUGCUGAAGAACAAAAUACACAGUCUAAUUCUCCUUCUGAUGAUAAAAGUACCAAGUUAAAAUGCAGUGGCUCUUCAGAGUCCAAGAAGAAACAUUUGCAGCAAGUAUGUGAGUCGCUAUCUACUGAAAGGAGAAAACAUCACAAGUCCUCAGCAUCCUCUUUGAAGAAUCAUUCUAGAACUGAAACUUCAAAGGACAGCUCUCACAAGCAUACUUGUGAGCCUCAUUCAAAGGCAGAUCAAUGCUCAUUAACACAGAACACAACCUCGUAUUCCGAGUCAUGCUGUGCAAACAAGCAUUCCCAUUCACAUCGUAAACAUAAAAAAAGAUCCAGAUCCAAGUCCAUUAGCAGGUGCACAUCAUCCAGAGAAAAAGAGAAAUACUCUCAUAGAUUGGGGUCAGGUGACAGAAGGCACAGAUCAGGAUCUACAGAACAUGACAGGGUGCUGACAAGAAAGCGCCACAGAAGCCGGUCUGCAGAUCACCAUAGAUCUGUCUCAUAUGGAAAGAGACGUGCUGUCAGCAGAUCACCAGAAUGUCGUCAUAGGUCAACGUCACCUAGAAGAGGCCGCUCUCCAGAUCAUAAAAGAGCUUCUAGAUCUCCUCACAGGAAUAGGAGUUGUAGCAGAUCUCCCAAGCGUCUUACUGAAAUAGAGAAGGCUCAUUUGCUUGAAAUAGCUAAAGCUAAUGUAGCAGCAAUGUGUGCAAAUGGUUACCUGCCUUUAUCUCUACACCUGAUCCCUGUUGUUACUCCAGUAACACUGGAAGAGAAGCUCACAGUGAAAGCAGGAGGGAAGUCGCUACAGGAACUCACUGAGAAAUGCAAGCAGAUUGCUCAAAGUAAGGAGGAAGAAGAACCUGUGAACAAACCUUAUGUUUCUGAUGAGGAAGAUGAUCAGCCGUUUCCAAGUCAGUCUCUAAAACUGAAUGAACCAAAGCUAAUUUCCUUCAGUUUAAAUAAUUCCACUGUAAAGCCAGCACCAAAAAACCAAGCAGUACUGACAAAAGAAUUUCCAGUGUCUUCAGGGAGUCAGCAUAGAAACAAAGAGGUGGGUGGUGUGUAUGGAGUAUGGAUCCCUGUUGAAAAAAGCACUGAAAAGAGCAAUCAGCCUGUCUUCAUUAACCCUAAACCCACAGAGAAUGUGAAUAUCUCUGCUACUGUGAACAACAGAGCAUUAGCUCAGAAAAGGCUAACAGAGAAUCCAUUUGAUGUUGAAGCUAUGUGCAUGUUAAAUCAAGUGCAAGAACAGAUCAACACUUGGGCACAAUCAAACUCUUUGCCUGGCCAAUUUAUGGGAAGCACUAAUGUUCCAGUAAUCCCUACAGAUGUAUUAUUAAACAGUGGUCCACAGGCAUGGCUUAAAAAGCAUCAAUUUUCAAAAGCUGCACCUGUAUGUGGAGGGAUGGGAGCGUACAUGAUGAGGAAAAUGGGCUGGAAGGAAGGAGAAGGAUUGGGAAAGAACAAAGAAGGGUCUGUUGAGCCACUUGUAAUAGAUUUCAAGGUUGAUCGGAAAGGUCUACUCGCUGUGGGUGAAAAGACCCAAAAGAAAGCUGGGAGUUUUGUAGCAAUGAAGGAUCUCUCAGCUGAAAAAGAGGAAGAAAUAUUCUUUGCUGCUUUGAAUGAUGACCACCAGAUAACUGUGUAUAGAAAUCCCUUGCAAGUGGCAGGAGCAUCAUCAUCUGGUGUGUUCAGGCUGAGAGAUGAGCGUUCUAAAAAUUUCUUCUGCAGAACAGGAAAACAUCCAGUUUCAGCACUAAUGGAAAUCUGUAAUAAGAGAAAGUGGUCACCACCUGAAUUUAUGUUAGUUAAUCACAGUGGUCCUGAUCACCGCAAACAUUUUCUUUUUAAGGUGCGGCUCAAUGGGUGUGAAUAUCAGCCUAAAUUUGCCAGUCCUAACAAGAAGCAUGCCAAAGCUGCAGCAGCGACUGUGGCACUUCAAGCUAUGGGUCUUGUUCCAAAGGACAGCACACCAGCAUCAAGUGACUUCACUAAAGCAGAAACAGAGGCUAUGGACCUUGUUCCAAAGGACAGCACAUCUGCAUUAAGUGAUGUCACUAAAGCAGAAAUGCAACCUGUAGGGCCAAAUGACAGCACACCAGCAUCAAGUGACUUCACUAAAGCAGAAACGCAAGCUUUGGGCCUUGUUCCAAAGGACAGCACACCUGUAUCAGUUAACUUUGCUAUACCAGAAAAAGAGGCUUUUGACCUUGUUCCAAAGAAUGAUAUGUCUGCAUCAAGUGACUUCUCUAAAACAGAAACACAGGCAGUGAGUCUUGUUGCAAAGGACAGCACAUUUGCAUCCCGUGACUUUAUUAAAGCAGAAAUACGAGUUAUAGGUCCAGAGGACAGUACAUUUGCAUCAAAUUAUUUCAUUAAAGCAGAAACACAAGCUAUGGGCCUUGAUCCUAAGGAAAACGCACCAGCAUCAGGCAAAUUCACUAAAGCAGAAACACAAACUGUGGGCCUUGUUCCAAAAGACCGCACAUCUGCAUCCAGUGAUUUCACUAAAUCAGAACUACAAGCUAUUGGCCUUGUACCAAAGGACAGCACAGCUGAAUCAAGUGACUUCACAAAAGCAGAAAUAACUAAAAUAAUUAUUGAUGGCAGUGGAGCCAUUCUAAUGUAGCUCAAAUGCAGAAAAUGAGCGCAAAACUGAAUUUCUGCUAGAACUAAAACAAAUGACAUGACCACUGCACUGAAGUUUAAUUGAAUUAAAAUCUGGAGGGUUUGCUAAGUUACUGAACUGGAUUAACACGCACAAGUUCCUUUAUGGAGGUACCUUUAUAUACAGUUGUAUUUAAUUUUAAUCUGUUUCUGUUAUUUCCUUAAGUAACUGCCAUAUAUUUUAAUUAAUAUCCACUGACAUGAAAACAUUUUCAGAGCAUCAUUGUAAUUUAGUUGUUUAUGAAGAGACUUUUGUUCUUCCCGCAACAUUUUUCUGGCAGGAAGUAACAUUUUAGUCAUUUUCUUAUUUUUCAUAAGACCUGUCGUUGGAUACAAUUAUGUUAAAUGUAUUGAAAUAUCUAACAUGUUUAUAGACAUGAGGUUUGUCUUAAAGUACUGUUUUGAAAGCGUCUACAUACACCUGCCUUUAAAUGAUUAUGUGUAUACUAAUUAUUUAUUUAUCUGUAACCAGGAGUGGUCCACUGUUUUGCAAUGUCCCAUUUUCAGGGGCACAAUUAAAGGCAGAAAUGAA